AUGAAGGCCUCAUCAAUCGCCCUGACCCUUGCGGCAGCUGCCAUCACCAACGCACAAGAAGAGCCGUACUACAACAUCACCACUGCACCUUUCUUCCUUGUAGUCACAUCCGAAGACGGUGGCGUUAACGACACGCUGAGCGCCUGUCACGUCGGUGCGGCCCUUGAAUCGCUCUGCUUGAGCAAUGCCGGCGCGGGUGACGCCCCAGAACCUCUCGAUGGCGCACACUUCCAGUUCAACACAUCCAUCUACUCCCAGGCACCAGAACCCUCUUUCGGCAUACCUGGUAUCUUGACUUGGUGGCUGAACACCACGACCCUUGACGUCCCAUCAUCGGCGGCUUUUGGUCUCAACCCGAUCUCCAAUCUCGCAUCCAUCACCAUCAGCCCCGGCAGCGAUGAUGCAACGUUGCUAGCUUUCAACUCUCAGGACGAGCUGACCCUUCAAGCUUAUGUUCCGGGUGAGAAUUUUACAGGCAGUACUCAGGAAUUCUACCGCUGGUAUGCUUGCGACACAUCCUACUCCAGCUACACGUACAACAACCUGGUGUGGGGACUGGGUGCAGGCAAGCCGGAUAACCCGACCUGUAUCUCAGUCAACGUGACGAGGGUGUUUGUUUAA